AUGUCCAAGCGUGCAAAAACGGGGACGGGAGCAACUUCCUCUAAAGGAGGGUCGAAGGGAAAAUCCAAGGAUCCCCCGUUUCGUUUGUUGAAUCGCGAGGAUCUCCAAGCGUUAUUUAACAACAUUGGGUGGGGUCAAUUCCUCCAGAACCGUGCCGCCACCUAUGUUGAACCCACCUUGGAAUUUCUUACCACAUUCAAUCCCGAGGAGGAAGCCCAAACCGUCACCUUCCAAAUGCUCGGUGAGAAACGAUCUCUACCACAUCGGGUCGUGAAUGCUUUGAUGGGUGCUCCAGUGGACAACCUAUAUUACCAACAAGACCCAUGGCCCGGAAACUUCAAUGAACAUUACCUUUGGCAACAAAUUACCAAUGAGCCACAAUAUUCAUCGUCUUCGUCAAAGGCCUCCUCCAUAAUUCACCCAUGUUUGCGCCUAGCGCAUAGAGUUCUCACAUGCACCAUUUUCGCCCGCUCCGAAGUGGGACAAAUUUCAAAGGCGGAAUUAUUUUUUCUUUGGUGCAUGACUCGUGAGAACGGUCCGCGGCCGGAUUUUGCCUCCUUUUUCUUCACCAAGUGUUACAACCUCACAACUAUGGACAAAGGAGACAUUUUCAUUGGGGGAUUAAUCACCCUCAUUGCAUCUCGGCCACCCCUUCAACUUCAUCUCUCUACUCUUCCAUUCGAGAAGGCUUCCAGCCCCUCUAGUCUUGACGACAACGCACUUCGCCGAAUGCAAUUCAUCCGGGAUUCGGUUGUCGGUCCCAUGUGGAUCCUUGACAACCAACCAUACCUUAUUCUCCCUCAUAAGUAUAUAGGGAGUUUUGAGCCGACCGAUCCCGAUCAAUGGAUCAUUCCAUCAGACUUCCCUCCACCUGUAGAUGAUGAGGAUGACCAGUUUCAGCCUGCACAACAAUUCGUCGAGCAUCAGUUUCAGGCGCAGCAGUAG